AUGCGUGUCACUUUGUUUCUCUCAACGGCACUAGCUGCUCUCGUCACUGCAGAAGAAUCAACCAGAAUCAACUAUUUCGGCGGUGGAAUGCAAUGGGCUCAUCAAAUUCAGCUUCACCCAUGGACCAGCACAGCUGCCAGCGUCGCUGGGAUCAAUGCCAUCGCCACUACCUACGAAAUCAAAUGCCUGAGCAAUGCUCCCAAGUCUGAUUGCGAGAUCGCUACACCCUGGACCAUGAUCCAGGGCCCCAAAACCUACAGUCUCACAGGUGUAUACACCAGGUCGGGCUCAGGAACGGUCAAUGCUGUGACUGGAACCCAGAACUUUGAUUGCACUUUCACCAAGGCCACCGACGCUCCUUCCUGUUCAUUUAGCGCGAAGGUCACCGGCACCACCGCAGGUGUUUCGUACUCUACCUCCACCUCCACAUCCACCAAGAGCCUGCCAACCAAGUCCUACACCUCAUACGGGAUCGAUGUCACGGGGGGAGCAGCUUCAUUCACUGCCAGCCAGGCAACCAAAACUCCCAAUGGAGGAGCUGCCAUGGUUACUGCUGCGCCAAUGGGAGCAGCUGCUGUCAUGGCGAUUGCUGCCAUGCUCUAG